AUGCCGACCGAUCUCGCGGGCGUCCUGGACGCGAGCGCGAAGACGCUCGUGCUCACGGAGCUCCUGCGAGGGAUGUCGCUGACGCUGAAGUACUUCUUCGAUAAAAAGGUGACGAUCAACUACCCGUUCGAAAAGGGACCGCUGUCGCCGAGGUUUCGAGGCGAACACGCGCUGCGAAGGUAUCCCACGGGUGAGGAAAGAUGCAUCGCGUGUAAGUUGUGCGAGGCCAUAUGCCCAGCGCAAGCGAUCACGAUCGAGGCGGAGGAGAGAGAGGACGGAAGUCGACGAACGACGAGAUACGACAUAGACAUGACGAAGUGCAUCUUUUGCGGGUUUUGCCAAGAGGCGUGCCCGGUGGACGCCAUCGUGGAGGGACCAAACUUUGAGUACGCGACGUUUUCGCACGAGGAGUUGCUGUACGAUAAGGAGAAGUUACUCUCUAACGGUGAUCGAUGGGAGAAGGAGAUCGCGAGAAACUUGCAAUCGGAGGCGAUGUACCGAUGA